GCAAUCCAAUCCAAAAAUGCACUACCCUCUGAAUCACACAGGGCUUCAUUUGAAUAGUGUCCCUGCUCUGUUGGUCACCAUUGAAGUGAUUGACAGGUCCUGAUCUGAAAAAGGGGCCAACCUAUAUUUUAAAACCCUAAAUACUGACCUGGCAACCAACUCUCCUACUGCAGAUACCUCAGGAAACAGUGUUGUUGGAUUUAUGUUGAUACUGCUGCUCACUCUUCCUGUCUCUGUCCGGUUAUGUCACAGGGUACAACAGUUUUUGUGUCAGGAAAACUGUUCAUAAAAUCCAAAACUACAGAUUUGGUUUCACCUCUGUGUUCAGAAAACAACAGAUCAGAAAUAACAAAGGCAUACAUUUUUAUCCCUUGAUUGUGAUUUUAUUGAACAAAAAACGUGUCUCCUAUUAUAUUACCAUAUCAUUUUUGCAGGAUUUUAUGAAUAAUGAGCAUAUAUAUCAACUUGCCCCAAACGCAGAGCUGCAUUGGUUAUACUGUUAACGCCAUCUGGUGGUACUCCAGCGUACUACAACACGAUGUGCCGACGAAACCAUCUCCAGGGCAUGCCCAUAAUGACAAGGACAAAUACUGACUUAAUCGAUGAGAUUUGACUGUUGCAGGCAGUUGGAGGGGCAUCCGACCCCUUUGCAGUGGGGCUCAAUUAGCUCAUGAGAUCUCUCCUCCUAGAUCAUCCAAUGAGAGGCGAUGUUCACAUCCUGCAAGAGACACUUGUUAUCUGGCACAGAGGUUGUCCUGCGAGAGGUUAAGGCAGAUUGGCGGUGUCCUUUCUGUCUGACAUCCUCCACCAGCCUCGCUCAGCAGGGACAAUCUGGCACAAGCAUCACACUUUUUUUUUCCGGUUAAAGCGAAUUCACUUUGGACUUCGUUUUUCCAAACGUGGCCCGAUGUGGUCAAAGUCAUAAAGGAUGCAGCUAAUCCUGUUAUUGUGCGCAAAGCAAGACGACAUAAAAUGACUGUCAUGUCCUGUAGGCCGACGUACCAUGUAUGAAAUGUGUAUGGAAUUUACGGCCGAUGGUUUCUGCACCUACUGCAGGGAUCUGAAGGAGCGCAUCCACCUCUUCUGUGCCAGCGAUGCGCAGCCGUGCCGCAUGACUCACAACGACACAAAUGGCACGGAUGUAAACAGGAGGCGGGCUCAGGUAAACCUAACCUGUACCCGAUCAGCCAAUGGGGUCCCGCGUUUUCUGCCUCGUCUCCAAUCCCUCUGUUUUCAUUGGUCCUCCGCCGCGUCGAUAUGGCGUAAAAGCGAGGCACAGUUUCGCAAUUACACCGCGGAGCAGAGGAGAGUGGGGGAAAUGAUUAAUCUGUCAAAGGCGAAUUUGUGUUCGGGAUGAGACCACUCUGACAUUCAGCCGACCGGAACCAAGCCUACAGGCGAAAACAAUUAAUGCACAGGAAUUUGUUGUCAAGCUGAUGCACGGCCAUAGCAGGUGGUGCGUGUAUAAUCGUCCGGGCUCUCGUCACUUGUCGUCGUUGCCUGCUCUGCGCCUCGUUUCAGCACUGGACAGCGACCGGGACCGUCGGACCCCGACACCACCGAGGGAUUCCUGAGGCGGGUCUGUACGACCCUCGCUUGGUUCGGGGCAAUGCGCGGCUAGAUGACUUCACUAGCCUACAUCAACAAGCACCGCGGUAUCCCGGACAAAUAUAGCAGCGCCACAUCCCCCUCCUCUCUCUAUCUCUCUCUCUCCAUUUUCAUUCGCUGAUCCUGAGUCCACCCGUCUGAAGGCACCAUGGGAAACCGUGGCAUGGAGGAUCUAAUCCCGCUGGUCAACAAGCUGCAGGAUGCCUUCAGCUCCAUCGGCCAGGCCUGCAACCUGGACCUGCCGCAGAUCGCAGUGGUCGGCGGUCAGAGUGCAGGGAAGAGCUCCGUGCUGGAGAACUUUGUUGGCAGAGACUUUCUGCCCCGUGGAUCUGGUAUUGUCACCCGCAGGCCCCUCGUUCUACAGCUUAUCAGUGCUACUGCAGAAUGGGCUGAAUUCCUCCAUUGCAAAGGGAAGAAGUUCACAGACUUCGAUGAGGUUCGCCAGGAGAUCGAGGCAGAGACGGACCGUGUCACAGGGGCCAACAAAGGCAUCUCCUCCGUCCCCAUCAACCUGCGUGUUUACUCCCCUCACGUACUGAACCUGACUCUUAUCGACCUGCCGGGGAUCACGAAGGUGCCGGUUGGAGACCAGCCCGUAGACAUCGAGCAGCAGAUCCGAGACAUGAUCAUGCAGUUCAUAACCAGAGAGAGCUGCUUGAUCCUGGCUGUCACUCCGGCCAACUGUGACCUGGCCAACUCUGAUGCUCUUAAACUGGCCAAGGAUGUCGAUCCACAGGGUCUGAGGACUAUUGGAGUAAUCACCAAACUGGAUUUGAUGGACGAGGGCACAGAUGCCCGAGAUAUAUUGGAGAACAAGUUGCUGCCCCUGCGAAGAGGAUAUAUUGGAGUGGUGAAUCGCAGUCAAAAGGAUAUCGAUGGAAAGAAAGAUAUCAAGGCAGCGAUGGAGGCUGAGAGGAAGUUUUUCUUGACCCACUCAUCAUACAGGCACAUGGCUGAGAAAAUGGGCACUCCACGACUGCAGAGAGUGCUCAACGAGCAAUUGACCAACCACAUCCGGGACACCCUGCCAGCUUUCCGCAGCAAGCUGCAGUCCCAGCUGUUGGCUCUGGACAAGGAGGCCGAGGAAUACCGGGGAUACCGACCCGAUGACCCAUCCCGCAAAACCAAGCAGCUGCUGCAGAUGGUGCAGCAGUUCUCUGUGGACUUUGAGAAAAGGAUUGAGGGCUCAGGGGAUCAGGUGGACACAGUGGAGCUGUCUGGUGGAGCAAAAAUCAACCGCAUCUUCCAUGAGCGUUUCCCCUUUGAGCUGGUCAAGAUGGAGUGUGAUGAGAAGGAGAUGCGGCGUGAAAUCAGUUAUGCCAUCAAAAACAUCCACGGUAUCAGGACUGGACUUUUCACCCCAGAUAUGGCGUUUGAGGCCAUUGUGAAGAAGCAGGUCGUAAAGCUGAAGGGACCCUGCGUGAAGUGCGUGGACAUGGUCAUCCAGGAACUGAUCAACACAGUGCGCCAGUGCUCCAACAAGCUGGAGUCCUUCCCCAUGCUGCGCGACGAAACUGAGAGAAUUGUGACUUCUCAUAUCCGAGACAGGGAGAGUCGGGCCAAGGACCAGGUUCUGCUGUUGAUAGACAUCCAGCUCGCAUACAUCAACACUAACCACGAAGACUUCAUUGGCUUCGCUAAUGCGCAGCAGCGGAGCAGUCAGGCUAAUAAGAGCCAGAGUUCAGCAGUAAAUCAGGCCUCUUCUCCUCCAGCAUCAGGCCUGAUUGUCAUUCGCAAAGGCUGGCUGACCAUCAACAACAUCAGCAUCAUGAAGGGAGGAGCCAAGGAGUACUGGUUUGUGCUGACUGCCGAGAGCUUCUCCUGGUUUAAGGAUGAUGAGGAGAAAGAGAAGAAGUACAUGCUCCCUCUGGACAACCUAAAGGUCCGCGAUGUGGAGAAGAGUUUUAUGUCCAGCAAGCACAUAUUCUGUAUUUUCAAUACAGAAUCAAGGAAUGUGUACAAGGACAAUCGCACCCUGGAGUUGGCCUGUGACUCUCAGGACGAUGUGGAAAGCUGGAAAUCUUCCCUCCUUCGUGCCGGGGUCUAUCCAGAGAAAGUCUUUGCGGUUGAGAGUGAGACCAGCGCCGACGCAGAUAACUUCUCCAUGGAUCCUCAGCUGGAGCGCAAAGUGGAAACCAUUCGUAACCUGGUGGACUCCUACAUGGCUAUUGUCAACAAGUGCAUCCGGGACCUCAUGCCCAAAGCCAUCAUGCAUCUCAUGAUCAACAAUGUCAAGGACUUUAUCAAUGCCGAGCUGUUGGCCCAGCUGUACUCUGCAGGUGACCAGAAUGCAUUGAUGGAUGAGUCCCAGGAGCAGGCCCAGAGGAGGGAUGAGGUGCUGAAGACCCACCUGGCCCUCAAGGAGGCCCUGGUCAUCAUUGGUGAUAUCUCCACCUCCACCAUCACCGUCCCCGUGCCUCCGCCUGUUGACAGCUCCUGGGUGGAAGGUGCAGCUGGUCGCAGGUCUCCUCCAGCCAGCCCCACUUCCUCCAGGAGGAUGUCAUCUGGCCAGCGUCCGGCUCCCCGGGGAGCCCCGCCACCACCAAACCGUCCAGGUCCGCUGGGGCCCUUCAAUAACAGUGCUGACAGCCCUCAGGCUCCCAGCCGCCCUAACAGGGCUCCUCCUAGCAUCCCCAGCCGGCGGCCCCCGCCAUCUCCCACAAGACAAGUCCCGCCAUAAACAUCUAAAUGGGUUCCUCAUACACUGAUCUCCCUCCCUCAUCUUCUCCAGCCCCUCCUCUAUUAGCCAUGGCUCUGCCGUCCUGGUCCCUCCUUAGUGCAGACACUGAAGUCUUUGACCCUUGACCCUUAAUUCCCUGCCAGGUGACGAUGUCCAUAUAUCUAUGUACAGUAUAGUACUUGUAUUGUGGUGUAUGUGUAUGUGCGCUUUUUGCUCGCCUGUGAUCCAGGUUUGCUUCGCAGAUCCACUACCCAGUAUCGGUCCCUGGAACCUCAACCCCCCCCCCCCCCCCCACAAACUCCUCACCAAAUCAGCCACUACCCCCACUUGCUGCUUCUACAUAAAAAUACGCUAAGCAGCCGCACUGCCCUACUCAUUCCAAAAUGCAGCAUGGCACAUAAGCUGCUUUUAUUGCAUGGGAGUGUGUGUACUUUAUGUAGAGUGUGAGUGUGUUUUGUGUGCAAGUAUACAGGGGAGGGACUAAUUUGCCUAUAUGUAGGCUGGGAUUGAUUUAGUAUUGUAUUAAUUUAUUAUAUAAUGCCCCCUUACGUGUUAAUUAUCAGCUCAAUGAUCUCUUAGGAACAUAAGUUGUAUCUUAGUGUGUGUGUGUGUGUGUGUGAGAGUAAUAACUCUGUGGACGUGUGUGCGAGUGUGUGAGGACACGUGUGCAUGCGCUGUCCGUCUGCACGUUUGUUGGCGUUUCAGUUGUAUUUGUUUUCAUGGUCAAAGCUGUUAAUGAUGAAUCAUAAAUAUAAUGUUGGACUUUUGUGAGUUGUUCCCGUGUUGUAGUAGCAGCCAUACACACAUAGCAAGGCUGAGGAGCACCGUCAGUAUUCUCUAUAUGAAAACAGCCUCAAUAAUACAUUUAACCUUGUCAUAGGUGUCCACCUGUGCUGUAGCAAAGGUCAAGUUGUGACCCUUGCAGCCUUAAGCUCAGGUUCAGAUGCUGACCUGUGAGAUGGAAAACAACAACAACAACAACGUAACACAAGUACACUCUUGAAUAUACAAAGAACACACAUUUACAUGUUUCCAUUUAGCCUUUUUCUCAGGUUUGAAACUUGCAACUCCAUGUCCAUCACAAACUAGCACUCUCUCUUUUCUCAACUCUUCUAGUCUCUCGUAUUUUCUCUUCUCUCACGACCAUCGAAGCUAGAGAGUCAGCAUCUCCAUCAGAGCUUAAGGUGGUAUUGUCAAUGUUCAAGUGCUUCUCUGUCAGUUUGUUAUUGUGUACGUGGGCCUAAACUGUGUUCUGAUGUACAUAGGUAAUGAUAAGGAGAUACUGUACCCGUGGACUAUUAAGACCUCGUCAAGAAUCCUAGCGCUUUAAUUGUUCUCUGUGUCUCUAUUCACUAAAUGCUCUCUUCUCUCUAAUUUAGACUGCCUUACCGGCAUGAGUUACAAUUCUGAAUUGCCAAAGCUAAAUGAAAAAAGUUGAACAAAUUCAAUAAAAUCUGCUGAAGAACAACAACGAAAUGGUUCCAGUCGACUGAGAUGGCAUUGUUUAGCAGUGGGCAUAAUGUUAAACUGGGGAAUUGCAUCAGUUGUUAUUUUUUGUGUCUCUGUUUCACUCCUCAAUAAACUUCUUCCUCAUAAUGUC